UUGUCUGCUAUGUUGGAAAGAGACUUCAGAAAGGUCGCAAUACCGCACACCGUACAGUGGCAUCGUACGCAUAUAUCGAGGAGUACACAAGAAGUCUGGAAGCAUAUAAACUUGGACACCUUUUACCACUUUCCGCCUCGAUCAAAAGCCUUCAAUAAACUCUUCUUCCCGAUCGCAGCAAUAUUGACUCAGAGCAACACGCACAAUACUGAACGAAGCGGUGAUUGUGACACUGUAUUCGAAUAUCGCCCAUAACACCAACAUAUUUCUCGUAAUAGAGAAACAGUAUAACGCACUUCAUCAUACCAACAUCACCUAUGGCGAACGGGGACGAAUCCCAGCCACGUUGCGGUGGUCAGAGCCUUCAUGGACCCCCUAGAGGCUAGUUCAAGGACUCUGCUACUUGAUCGCGACUUCAGACUUCUUUGGCCAGCCUACACUUUUCUUAUUUCAU